UCUAUCUCCAAUCACAAUAAAAUCAAAUAGAUAGAAACUAUGUCACCAUUAUUGGAGCUCGCACGAAGAUAUCCUCUUUUCUUUUUUGAACUCGUGAAGAUUUCUUCAAUUCGGCCUUGAAUUUGAUUUUGAUUAUGAUUACAAGGUCAAACAAUUUUUGAUUUUGUUUUGGGGGUUUUUGACUUUGGUUUCUGCAUCUGACUUUCCAGGUAGCUUCUCCAGCUGAUUCUGGCCCAUUGAUCCAACAAAGUCCAGUUAACUGUGAUGGAGACCAAUAACUGGAGGCCUGCUCCAGGCGGCGGUGAACCCACGAUGGACCCGGGUGAUUGGAGGACCCAAUUGCAACCUGAUUCUCGACAAAGAAUUGUCAAUAAGAUAAUGGACACUUUGAAGAGGCAUCUUCCCUUUUCUGGACAAGAGGGACUGCAAGAACUUAAGAAGAUUGCUGUAAGGUUUGAGGAGAAGAUCUACACUGCUGCCACAAGCCAGACUUCAUCCAAAAAACAAAAGGGAAUAUCUGCAUUUCACCUUCUAUGUUUGUAUAGCAAUGGUCGGUUGGUUUUUGGCUUGGCAUAAUUGCUCAUGAAUUAUAUAUUCUUAAUUUCCAAUUGCAGUCUGAUUAUCUGAGAAAAAUAUCUCUGAAGAUGCUGACAAUGGAGAACAAAUCUCAGAAUACUAUAUCGAAUUCUGCCAGUAAUAGCAAAAAUCCUCCAGAUACAGUAUCCCAUGGCAUGCAACCCCAAAUUGCAGGCAACCAGGGGCAAUCACUUUCUAAUCCAAUGGUGGCUAACCAGUCUCAAUCCCGCCAACCGCUGUUAUCCCAGAAUAUUCAGAAUAACAUCACAGCAACAGGAGUACCAGGUUCUGCUAAUUUAACAUCAGCACUGCCUUCUGUUGGUGGUUUACCACAGACUAGCAUACCAAACGUUGGCCAGAAUUCCAAUUUGCAGAACAUUCAGAACAUCUCUGGGGUUUCACAGAAUUCAGUUGCAAAUUCAAUGGGGCAGGGGGUGUCUUCCAAUAUUUUUGCCAAUACUCAAAGGCAGAUGCCAGGAAGGCCACAACAAGUUGUUCCCCAACAACAACAGCAGCAGUCUCAAAAUCCACAGCACUAUCUUUACCCGCAGCAUUUUCAACAGCAGCUUCUGAACAAGAAAUAUCCGCCAGGAAGUAUUCCCCCACACAUGCAAUCUCACAUCCAGCAACAACAGACACAGCAGCAACAGAACCUAUUACAAUCUUCUCAGCAAUCUGUUAUGCAGCCUUCUAGCAUGCAACCAGCUCCACUAUCUGGCCUUCAACAGAAUCAGCAGUCUUCUGUUCAACAGUCAACACAACCAAUGCUUCAGCAAAAUCCACAAUCAGUUCUCAGGCAACAGCAACAACCGCAGCAGACACCCAUUAUUCAUCAACAGCAAACACCAAUGCAGCCGCAGCCGAUAUUGCCAACGCAACAGCAGCAGCAGCAGCAGCAGCAGCAGCAUCUAGCAGGGCAGCAGCCAAAUUCUACAAACAUGCAACAGAACCAGCUAAUUGGGAAUCAAAACAGCAUCCCAGACAUGCAACAGCAGCAGAGGUUGCUAGGCCCGCAGAAUAAUCUUUCCAACUUGCAGCAGCAGCAGCAGCAGCAGCAGCAGCAGUUAAUGAGCCAGCAAAACAACCUAUCAAAUAUUCAUCAUCAGCAACAGUUGGGUCCCCAUGGUAAUGUUGCUGGGCUACAGCAGCAACAGCAGCAAUUGCUCGGAACUCAAUCUGGCAUGCUACAACAAUCUAAGGUUCCAAUGCAGCAACAAACCCAGCAGAGUUCUGCAACUUUGUUGCCAACCCAAGGUCAACAGUCACAACCACAACCUCCACAGCAGCAAUUGAUGUCACAGAUUCAAGCACAGCCUGGACAGUUCCAACAGCAGUUAGGUUUGCAACAACAGCAGAGGCUUCAAACAUCAGGCCCCUUACUUCAGUCACAGAAUAUGCUUGAUCAGCAAAAGCAGCUAUUUCAAUCGCAAAGAGCCAUUUCAGAGGCGUCAUCAACUUCAUUAGAUUUCACAGCUCAGACAGGAAAUGCAAGUAGUGGGGAUUGGCAAGAGGAGGUCUAUCAAAAGAUUAAAACCAUGAAGGAUGAGUAUCUACCAGAACUAAAUGAAAUGUACCAGAAAAUUGCUGGUAAAUUGCUGCAGCAUGAUUCUCUGCCUCAGCAACCAAAGAAUGAGCAACUUGAGAAGCUCAAAAUAUUUAAGAAUAUGUUGGAGCGCAUCAUGGCAUUCUUACAAGUUUCCAAAAGCAAUAUAUUACCUGGUUUUAAGGAGAAGUUGGGUUCAUAUGAGAAGCAAAUAAUUAAUUUUCUUAAUUCAAAUAGGCCCCGGAAAUUACCUGGACAACUUCCUCUAGCUCAUAUGCCUUCUAUGCAGCAAUCACAGCGAUCACAAUCUCAAAUUACUCAAGUGCAGCCACUUGAAAAUCAAAUGAACCCUCAGCUACAAUCAAUGAACUUACAGGGUUCUGUAUCAACCAUGCAACAAAACAAUGUGACAAAUCUGCAGCAUAAUUCCUUAUCUUCUUUAUCAGGGGUUCCAAAUGUAUCACAGAGCAUGAUAAAUACACUACAGCCGAGUUCCAAUAUUGAUUCAGGUCAAGGAAAUGCACUCAGUACAUUGCAGCAGGUUGCUGUGGGAUCUCUGCAACAAAUUCCUGCGAACACUUCCCAACAGGUAAACAUGAACUCCUUGUCGUCACAAAGUGGGAUGAAUGCACUGCAGGCAAACCUUACUCCUCUUCAGUCAAAUUCCAAUAUGCUUCAACACCAGCAUCUAAAACAACAGGAACAGCAGAUGCUGCAGACACAACAAAUGAAACAGCAGUAUCAACAGCGGCAGCAGAUGCAACAACAGUUGAUCCAUAAACAACAGAUGAUGCAGCAGCAGCAGCAGCAACAGCAACAGCAACAGCAGCAGCAGCAGCAGCAACAGCAGCAACAGCAACAGCAACAGCAGCAGCAGCAGCAGCAGCAGCAGCAGCAGCAACAGCAACAGCAACAACAACAGCAGCAACAAUUGCAGCAAACAAAAAUGCAACAGAAUGCCCAGUUACAGGCACACCAAAUGCCACAGCUUCAUCAGAUGAAUGAUGUAAAUGAAUUGAAGAUGAGAAUGGGUGUCAAAGCAGGAGUUUUUCAGCAACACCACUCAGUAGGCCAGCGCUCAGCUUAUCACCAUCAGCAGUUGAAGUCUGGACCUUCAUAUCCCAUCUCUUCACCACAACUCCUCCAGGCUGCUUCUCCUCAAAUGCUUCAGCAUCCUUCUCCACAAAUUGACCAGCAAAAUCUGCUGACAUCUCUUACUAAAACUGGGACUCCCUUGCAAUCUGCGAACUCACCUUUUAUUGUCCCAUCUCCUGCAACUCCUCUGGCUCCAUCCCCAAUCCCUGGUGAGUCCGAGAAAGUUAACUCCGGUGUUUCAGCUCUAUCCAAUACUGGAAAUAUUGGACAUCAACAAACAACCGGUGUUGUAACACCAGCCCAAUCCCUUGCCAUUGGCACUCCUGGGAUUUCAGCCUCCCCUUUGCUUGCAGAGUUCACUACUCCAGAUGGGAAUCAUGGUAAUGCCUCAACAGGUGUUUCUUGCAAGUCAAGUGUUACUGAACAACCACUUGAACGCUUACUUAAAGUGGUAAAGUCAAUGUCACCUAAAGCGUUGAGUGCCUCAGUUAGUGAUAUUGGCUCAGUUGUUAGUAUGGUUGAUAGGGUAGCAGGAUCAGCACCAGGUAAUGGAUCUAGAGCUGCAGUUGGUGAAGAUUUGGUUGCCAUGACAAAGUGUCGUCUACAAUCAAGAAAUUUUGUCACACAAGAUGGAAAUACCGGAGCAAGGAAAAUGAGGCGCUACACAAGUGCAAUGCCCUUAAAUGUUGUAUCAUCUGCUGGCAGUGUAAAUGACAGUUUCAAGCAUUUGACUGGUUCUGAAGCAUCUGACUUAGAAUCAACUGCAACUUCUACCAUCAAGAGGCCUAGAAUUGAGGCUAACCAUGCCCUUUUGGAUGAAAUAAGGGUGAUAAAUCAGCGACUUAUAGAUACAGUAGUAGAUAUCAGUGAUGAAGAUGUUGAUCCAACUGCAGUAGCUGCUGCUGCUGCUGCUUGUGAAGGCAGUGAAGGAACUAUUGUCAAGUGCUGUUUCAUUGCUGUUGCUCUCAGUCCAAACUUGAAGUCACAGUAUGCUUCUGCUCAAAUGUCACCUAUUCAGCCCUUACGGUUGCUUGUUCCUUCUAAUUAUCCAAACUCCUCUCCAAUACUCCUGGACAAGUUUCCGAUUGAAGUUAGUAAGGAGUACGAAGAUCUAUCAGUGAAGGCAAAGUCAAGGUUUAGCAUCUCUCUCCGAAACCUUUCCCAACCUAUGUCACUUGGAGAGAUAGCUAGGAUUUGGGAUGAUUGUGCUCGUGCAGUUAUUUCAGAGUAUGCACAACAGAGUGGUGGAGGGAGCUUCAGCUCCAAAUAUGGAACUUGGGAGAACUACUCCUUGACUGCUGCAUAAUAUCCUUUUGGUAUGUAUGAAUGGGGCUCUUUGGUGCAACUUAUAUGAGCUUUUUAUAGCCUUUUUUAAAAAUUAAAAAAAAAAAAAAUUUAUUUUGGGAGUCUGUUUGUCGUAGUAUCUACUUAUAGUUUAUUAGGUAGUAAUAGAUUAAUUAAGCAGGAAAAAAAAAAAAUGUGUGAAAGCUGAGGGGUGUGCUUUUGGCUUACAAGAAGCUGCACCAAACAAACGACUCGUGUUCAUGUUCAUUUUCAAUCUUUGAAAUGGGGAAGAAUUGUUGAUGGCUUUGAUGCAGAAAAUGGUCGGAGCUGCUGCUGCUUGGUCCUACUGUGAGAUGUAGUCUUGUUUGGGGUUUUGCAUAUAUGUGGAAGGAGCACACACCCACUGCUUUAGGUAUUUUGUAUAAUUGAGAGCUUGGAAUGUUGUUGGCAUAGUGUAUCAUAAAGGUAAAUUAUAUGUUGUUGCUGUAACAUGUUUUGUGCUAUAUAGGGUUUCUUUUCGCACAGCUCACCA